AUGUCGCCUGUGCUCCCCACCCACCACAACGAGCUUCACUCAGCAGCGUCGACCGCAUCACCUGGUGAUGACGAGAAGGCCCGCCGCGAGCACCCCUCUGUCAUCGCUCCAGGCAACCUCGUUGGUCGCAACCACCUCAUUGCCAUGCUGGGCGAGUUUGUUGGCACUUUCUUCUUCCUCCUCUUCUCUCUUGGAGGUACCAGCGUCGCCCUGCAGGCGGCCAACUCCGUCAACGGCAAGCUCAACGACGCCGGCGCAUCCCAGGCCAACUCUGACAACCUCCUCUACAUUGCUCUCGUCUUCGGUGUUUCCCUGGGCGCUUGCGUCUGGUGCUUCUUCCGUGUGUCGGGCGGUCUCUUCAACCCCGCGGUGACCCUGGCGUUUAUCGCGAUCCAGGGCAUCACCCCCGUCCGUGGCGUUCUCCUCAUGAUCGCUCAGUUCGCCGGUGGCCUGGCUGGCGCUGGUCUCGCGGACGGCCUCACCCCGGGUCCUCUCUUCGCGGCGACCACCCUCGGCGGCGGCGCGUCAAUUGUCCAGGGCCUGUUCAUUGAAGUCUUCAUGACCGCUAUGCUCGUCUUCACCAUCCUCAUGACCGCCGUUGAGAAGAACCGCGCCACGUUUGUGGCGCCCAUUGCCAUCGGCAUGUCGUUCUUCAUCUGCGAGGCCUUCUCGGUCUACUACACCGGUGGCUCGCUCAACCCUGCCCGUUCGCUCGGCCCCGCUGCCGUCAACAAGUCGUUCCCCGGUUACUUCUGGAUCUACUUUGUUGGCCCCGGCCUUGGCUCGCUUCUCGCGGUCGCCUUCUACAAGCUCCUCACAUUCCUCAACUACAGGACCAACCUCGGCCCCGACUGCGACGACGACGGCCACUCGUGGGACUACUCCAACGACAUGCGCGGCCGCCUCGACCGCAUCGAGAGCCUUCUCGCGCGCACCGCCGAGCAGCGCGCCAUCUAA